AUGGGUCGAGACCCGCUCGGACCAUCCGACCGCGACUUCGACCGCAUAGCUAGACACAUAACCCGCUUUGACCCCCGGCCCGGCAUGCCUACAAACACCCGAUCAUACCUCCGCGUCGUCGACUUCCACGCCGACCGCAUACCACACGCGUCUCAGGAUGACAAAAUAUACUUGAUUAGACUCACGUCCAACGGAGAGGUGAAUGACUUCAUCGAAAGGCAACCAAGGGCUAUAAAACAUGACUACAACGAGCUCUGCAAAGCCAUCCUAGCAGAAUACUCCGACUACGGCGCCUCCGGGACCCUCACGGCAGCCAUGGCAGUCAAACAAGCUCACAACGAGCUUGCGGAAUGCUACUACCACAGGUUGCGACAGGCCUUCUUCGGCAACCGAAACUACGAAGGGAUGGAGGAAGACACGAAUUUCAGGGCCCUGUACCUCCAAAACCUCCACCCCAACCUUAGCCAGCUACUGGGCGUGUACGCCUGCCCCCUUACACAGGACAUACGGCAACUGAAGACCCUGGUGGCACGAGCACAAGGCAAACAUCUGCUCAAGACACAGGCGAAGCCGCAAACCCAACCUACAGUGUACAGUGUGGAAAACCACAUGGAACUUGAGGGCGCACCAACGGCCCGAAAACACAAAUGGGGAACCAACCACGGACCCCAAAGGAAUAACCAGACACACGUGGACCCGAAGAACAAAUCCCAGACCGACAGGACAGACCGCGCGCCACAACGGCCCCACCAAGACCGCACCGCUACAACCAUUAAUAAAGACAACCUUUCUAGGGAGGAACAAUCCCUCCUCCGCACGCUCCUGCGCAAAGCCAGAGAGAAGAAGACAGACAACGCCGACGUGUUCGCAGUGUCGAGAAUGCUCCCCACCACAUGGACGACUGCCUCAGCGAACAGGAGCUAA